AUGUAUGGCGCCAAGCCUGAUGAGCCUGAUGAUGCUCCUACCACCAUGCCGGUGACCAUUCCAGGAGAGGACACAGGUGUUGAUGACGCAGAUGAUCUUUUCAAAAUUGCAACUGGUAGUAGUGGCAUUGACUUUUCUGCACAGCAAUCAAUUUGGGAUUUGGAUCAAUUUGAUGCUUUGGAUUGGUUGGAAAGACCUUGUGAGACACCCGCCCCAGUUGGUCCUGCUCUUGCUGGUGACAAGGACGGUAAGGUCAUGUUUGUGGACAAGAGUGCAUCCGCAGCUUCUGCAGAACCAACCAGGUUUGAAAAAGUUGCUGCCGUAGCGCCUCCAGGUGUGGUAUCAGAAGCACUUCGACUCACUGACAAGAAGCCUUUGCUGUUUCCUUGGGAGAAAGGUAGACUGGGCCGUAUUUUCGGCCAACAGGGCAGGCUGAGUCUCAAACAACCAAAGCUGAAUCCAGGUGCCAACAAUUUUGUGCAGGUGGGUGUUGGCGUGUCAGAAGGUUUUCAUGUGGAUGGUGCUUUAACAGUUCGUGCUGGUUCCAAAGAUCCCACAUUGUACAAGGCCGUGGUGAAGAACAUCAUUGGGUGUACCUACACAGAAGAGCGUGAGGCACAACGCGAUCAUGCUGUACGCCAGUGGUGGGAUUUGCUACGCUUCAACAUGGCAGCGAGCGAUCCUGGACGGGCAGCGGUGCACGAGACAGGGCUCUCGGAUAUUUACAAAUACGGGAUCGAGCUGCUUGACGCGGUGUUCGGCAUCAAAAGCCCGGGCACCCUCAUGAAACGCCUUUGUGCCAUCAAAUUGUACAACCAUUGGAUCAUUCGGCAUUAUUCCGAAGUGUGGAUCCCGCUGUCAGAACAGCGUGUGUGGGAGUACAUGCGCUUCUUGCGUGAGACAAAAGCACCCGCAUCCAGAGCGGUGAGCCUUCUUGAGUCUGUUCGAUUUUGCCACCACUUGCUGAAGGUGGACGGCGCGCACGAAACUCUGGACAGUCUGCGCGUCAAAGGUCUGGCAGCCCAGUUGUAUGCAAGCAAGAAGCCCUGGCAUCCGUCCGAUGUCCUUUCUGUGAGUGAAGUGGAGUUUUUGCAUCACUGCUUCAUGGAUGUCAGCUUGUGUGACGUUGAUCGGAUCUUUGUGGGGCAUCUAUUGCACAUGUUGUAUGCAAGGGCUCGUUUCAGUGAUUUGCUGUCAGUGACCGACCUCUUCAUUGACGACGAGAAUGCGUUCAUGGAGGUGAGUGCCACUCUGCAUAAAGGUGCUCGGAGCAUGGAUGCCCGGUCAAAGCUGCUACCAAUCGUGGCACCUGCGACUGGCAUUGUGGGGGACAAUUGGGCCCGCACCUAUUUGGAGCUGCGACACAAAGCAGGACUGAUGAACCCCAAGGACGUUGCCUGUCCAAUGCUGUUGGCGCCCAAGCCUGGUGGACAGGGCUGGAGUGACAGGUAUGUCACAUCACAGGAGCUCAACAGCUUUCUCAAGAAGUUGUUCGCCAAUGGUGGACGGUCCAUCGCAGGACGAAAGAUUACAACUCAUUCAAUGAAGGCCACGGGAUUGUCCUGGUGCUCGAAGCUUGGCAUCUCCCAGGAACACAGAUCAAUCCUGGCACGACACGCAACAAGUGUCCAAGGAGCAACUGUGUUGUACUCACGCGACUUGCUGUCGAGCGCUAUGAGGUCAUUCAACAGUGUCUUGAGCUCUAUCAGGGCGCAAACCUUCCAGCCUGACAAGUCACGAUCAGGAAUGAUUACACCGGCCAGAGCCACACCGGCUGGGGCACCUGUGACGCCCUUCCCGCCAGUGGCAACAGCAUUCCCGGCAGUGGCGCCAUUGGUCCAGAGCAACGUGGAUCUGGACGCAGGGGCUGGCGCUGAGGGUGAUGCAGGCAUUGACGUUGCUGCCACAACAGAGAAAGCGCCGGACGGUGAGUUGUAUUCACCUGGCACUCCUUUGGUCAAAGAGGAGUUUGAAUGGCCCACUUCUGACUGGAAUGAUGGUGUGAUCGACUUGGAGGAGCAGCACGAUCUGUUAUCUGCCUGGCAGUCGGGGUCGGAAGAGGAGUCAAGUGGCUGCUCAGACUCUGACGAGAGCAGCUCCUUCGAAUGGGACAUGCCCAUGCCUGAUGAGGGUCCUGCCGUGCGCCCAGUUGCAAUCGUGCCCAAAUGGCACAUCAACGUGAAGACAAAUGUGAUUCAUGUUUUUGGCAUUUACUGGGAUGAGACGGAGUUUGUCAAAGAAGCCAUUCGGGCCAAACACCCUCUCGAUGUUGCACUGGCAGUCCCUGAACAAUUGCGUGAAGCUGUCCAAUACAACUUGAACACUGCAGAACAUGAUAUCACUUUGCACAGAGCACGCUACUUGACCCGAGUUGUGGAGCUUUGCAAUGACCUGCAAGAAAUUCUCGACAAGGGCUCACUUGGCUUCAAGCAAGCACAACGCUUGCGUGGGCGUAUGCAGUUUGCAGAAGCACAAAUGUUUGGAAGGACCGGGAGGAGGUGCUUGAAAGUCUUGACUGAAUUCUCAGAAGGCCACAGGCAACAGCUAGGGGCCAAGGACGUUUUCUUCUUGAAACUUUUCAUGCGAUUGUUGCAAAGUAAUAUCCCAAGGGAAAUCAAAGCUCUCAGCAAUGACAAUGUGGUGAUCUUUACAGAUGCAUGCUACGAGCGCGAAAGCGAUUCGUGGCCUUGUGGAUUAGGUGGCGUCAUUUGCUUUGGUGGACAAACCGAAUUCUUUUCCUUGCCAGUAGACAAACUGGGCCGGGCGGCUCUAGGUGAGAACUUCAAAAAGCAGAUCAUAUUUGAAACUGAAACACUUGCGGCCGUUUUGGCCUUUGCUUUGUGGAAGGAAUUCUUUGCAAACAAACGUUGCUUGAUCUUUGUUGACAAUGAGGGAACCAAGUUUGCCUUGCUCAAAGGAUCAUCAGACAAUAACGUUGUGGAUUGCCUUGCAGGUUUCUUUGCGGAGUUGGAAGCUGGUGUGCAUGCGUUUACAUGGUUGGCGCGUGUUCCAUCAAAAAACAAUAUAGCAGAUCCACCGUCGAGAAACGACAUAGGGAGCAAAUUCUUUCAGGAUGCAACCAAUGUCUCUACUAGAGCUGCUGAACUGUUACAGACACUGGUCACGAGUUUGAAGGAAGUUGGGGUGAGCGAUAUCGUGACCAGCCAAAGUUCCAAAAAGAACAAGCGCAGCUGA